AUGAAUACGAGGGAGGCCGAAGAACGAGAAGCAAGAGAGAAAUAUUUUGCUGUAAAGAAGGAUCUGAAAAAUCUAAGAGACGUUAACAAGAGAUUCUGGUAUCCAUCCCUCGGUCAUCCAAAUCUGCUGCAACUUGCUGUGUACUUUUCUCACGUUGAAUUUGCAAGCCAACUUAUAAGUCGUGGUGCCGACGUAAAUGUUGUGACUGAUGUAUUGGGAACACCUUUACAUAUUGCCGUCCGACAAAGAAGUCUUCCAAUGAUAGAACUACUGCUGAUAUCUGGUGCUAAUCCUCAUAUAUUUUCACUGGCGUAUGAAAACAUUUUGAGACGUUGGACGCCGAUAUAUGACGCUCUUGAGAUUGACUUUCUGUAUUCUGAUGAGUCAUUUAUCCGUACGCUUCUGGACAAUGGAACUGACGUGAAUGAGAUAUGCUUCAAAUCCCGUUGGGAUCCUAAUGGUAGAACGCCACUUCAAAUAGCAGUCAAUCAAGGGGAGCCAUCUUGGGUACAACUGUUUUUAGACUACGGAGCAAAUAUCAAUGUUGUGGACUCUUUCGGAAGAACUCCGCUGGAGGCAGCUGUAGUAGCAAACUCACCAGACAUAGUAUUGAUGAUUAGAAAUCGUAUCAUCGCUUUACAUCAACAAGGUCUUGAAGUAAGUGAGCGGAAUUUGCAAAGUGUCUUUGCAAUAACAAUAAACUGA